AUGGAGAGUAUACGAGGCAAUGGAACCGUCUCAAUUUCUUAUAAUUCCCUUGGGCAGGUGAACGUUUGUGUUCAAGAAGAGAGAAGAGUGGGCUCUUUUGGCGUUUUCUAUGGCGAACGUCCAUUCAAUUUUGUGCUUCCUGUAACGUUGUGCCAACUUUUCAUCUUCAUCGUAGUCUCUCGAGCGUUUUACUAUCUCCUCAGGCCCCUAAGAACACCCAAAUUCAUCUCCAACGUUCUGAGUGGGAUCGUUUUGGGCCCAUCAUUUUUGGGGCACAACAAAACCUAUUGGGAGACACUAUUUCCAGCAAAACAGGGGCAGUUUUUAAUCUUGGGGGCCUUAGUGGGGUGUGUAUAUUUUCUGUUCUUCAUUGCAUUAAAAAUGGACGUAAUGUUGACCAUGAAAGCAGCGAGAAGAACUUGGCGACUUGGAGUAUUCCCCCUCCUCAUUUCAGUUGCGGUGAUAUCAACACUCGUAAACCACUAUUACAAUCCCGCAAACUUCUCUCCUUACAAAGUAAAAGUUGCUCGCUCCUCAUUGAGUCUCACUAUGUCAUUGAGCAAUUACCCUGUUGUCUCUGACGCAUUGAUUGAACUCAACCUUAUAGCCACAGAUCUUGGCCAGAUCGCUCUCUCUUCCUCCAUGAUCAACGACAGCAUACUAUGGUGUUUAGUAGUGGUCAAUGGUGCCCUAGUGGAAAAAAAUCUUGAUGGUUCAAUAUUAUAUUUCUGCUUCCUCGGGUUGUUCAUACUUUUCAGCUUUUUCAUUUUGCGACCAACGAUGACUUUCAUUGCUAAGAAAACCCCAGUUGGGCAACCAGUGAAAGAAGUUUACCUUGUGUUCAUACUUCUGGGGGUUCUAUUUAUGGCUGGUUUGGGUGACGUGAUUGGCAUAACAUUUCUUUUGGGACCCUUGAUUUUUGGUUUGGUUAUACCUAGUGGACCCCCUCUGGGCACAACAAUAAUGGAGAAGAGUGAAAUUAUUGUGAACGAGUUUUUGCUACCUUUCUUCUUCAUAUACGUAGGCAUGAACACAAAUUUGGCCAUAGUGAUCCGGGAUUGGCGAGUGUUUCUUACUUUGCAGGGUAUCUUUCUUGCAGGAAACAUAGUCAAGAUGAUUGCGUGUGCGCUGGUUUGUCUAACAUACAACAUUAGGCCCAAAAAAGGCAUGGUGCUUGGCGUCAUUAUGAAUGCCAAGGGUAUAACUGAGCUUAUAUGUUUCUGUAGACUAAGGAAACUCCAGUUGUUGGACGAUGAAAUGUUCAGUCACUUGGUGUUCUGUGUUGUGGUUACAGCUGCUAUUGUCUCACCCUCAGCUAAAUUGUUGUAUAAGAAUUGCCCGCGAUUACUACAUUCAGAAAUUUUAUAUGGAGGGCAGCUAACGAUCCAAAGCACUUCUAGAAUCAGAGAGUUUCGCAUUGUUUGUUGUGUACACAACGAAGGAAACGUUCGGGGCAUCACAUCCUUGUUAGAAGUUUGCAAUCCAGUGCCAGAGAGCCCCGUAUGUGCCUACGUGGUACACCUAAUCGAACUCUUUGGGAAAAGUUCAUCUAUUCUUCUUCCCAUAAAUUACAAAGAAAACAAAAGAUUCUUAUCAGUUAAUUAUCCCAACACCAAUCACAUCAUGCGUGCCUUUGAAAACUACUCCAGCAAUUCAACUGGGCCAGUCACUGUUCUUCCCUACAUCAACGUGGCACCUUACAAGAGCAUGCAUGAUGCAGUAUGCAGCCUCGCUCAAGACAAGAUGGUACCAUUCAUUGUCAUCCCCUUUCAUGAAAACGACAACGUUGACCUCGAUGGGCACGUGUCAUCCUCCGUCCACAAAAUGAAUGCUAGGUUUCAAGCACAUGCGCCGUGCACGUUGGGAAUACUCGUGGACAGGUACUCGCGGUUUGGCGCGAGCAACGAGCCCAGCAUGUUUUUCCACGUGGGCAUUUUUUUCAUAGGUGGAGCAGAUGACAGAGAAGCACUUGCGUUGGGUAUUCGAAUGUCGGAGAGACACAAUACGAGGGUGACAUUGUUCAGGUUUAUAGUGAUGAACAAGAGACAAUUGGGUAGUACGGAAUUAGUUACAAGAGAAGAACAAGAAGCGGAAGAAACAGAUAUCAUGUUGGACGAGGGGUUAGUUGAUGAGUUCAAGAGCAUGAAUUAUAGACAUUGUAACCUUACAUGGUACGAGAUUACGGUUGAGGAUGGAGUAGAGGUGUUGGAUGCAAUCCAUCGUUUAGAAGGAAACUACGACCUCGUCACGGUGGGUAGGCGCCAUAGUAUUGAAUCUUUGAAGGACGAGGAAAUGGCAAAUUUCAUAGAGAAUGCUGAGUCAUUGGGAAUAGUUGGGGAUAUGUUGUCUUCAACGGAGUUUUGUAUUGGGGUGAUUCCGGUUUUAGUUAUACAAUGUGGAGGGGAGAGGGUAAGUAGUAGUAAGCUUGAUAGUUUAGGUUCGAUUAAUGCCUCUCAAAAAAGUUCAUUGGUUGAUAAAUAA